GUUGCGCUCAGCCUGAGAGUGGAGUCUCCCCUCCCUCCAAGCACCGAGGGAUGAGCUUCCUCGACCUGUAGCCUCUUUUCGACUUGCAGUAAAGCUGCUCUUUUUUUGUUGUUGCGAAGACUGGAAAGGAAGAAGUGGAUUUUUCUCUAAAGGGGGGAGGCUGAGGACAGUGCCAUGAGACGGACCAAUGUAUUCGUCUUUCAUUUACGUUCUGAAUAGCAGAAGGAAGAGUAGCGGAGUUGUUGGUUCCGGGAGCCACCUUCUCGGUCCGGAGGUGCGGUUUGCGGUGCUAUUUCUCUCCAGCUCCGUUUUUUGAGGGAGGUGAAUCAUGGUUGAACUGGAAAAGGAGGUGCUCCCGUUGCCCCCUCGGUACCGGUUCCGAGACCUGUUGCUCGGGGACUGGCAGACUGAUGACAGGGUGCAGGUGGAGUUCUAUGUGAACGAGAACACUUUCAAGGAGCGUCUGAAGCUCUUCUUCAUCAAAAACCAAAGAUCCAGUCUGCGAGUGCGAAUGUUUAACUUUGCACUGAAGGUGCUGAGCUGCCUCCUCUACAUUGUCAGAGUCCUGCUUGACAACCCACAAGAGGACAAGCAGGACUGUGCCAACGGAGCCAACUGCACCAAGCAGAACACAUCAUCCCGUCCCUGGAGUGAGUUUGACUGGAAACUAAUCAUCUGGGUUGACAGACCUCUACCGCUGUGGGCGCUGCAGGUGCUUGUGGCUUUCAUCAGCUUUUCAGAAACUAUGUUGCUCGUGUAUCUCAGCUAUAAGGGAAACGUUUGGGAGCAAGUCCUACGUGUCCCUUUCAUUCUGGAGAUGAUCAGCACCGUUCCCUUCAUGAUCACUGUGAUUUUGCCCUCUUUAAGAAAUCUUUUCAUCCCUGUAUUUCUGAACUGCUGGUUGGCCAAACAUGCGUUGGAGAACAUGAUAAAUGAUCUCCACAGGGCGAUCCAGCGGACACACUCGGCCAUGUUUAAUCAGGUCGUGAUUCUGAUCAGCACACUCGUCUGUCUCAUGUUUACAUGCAUCUGCGGCAUCCAGCACCUGGAGCGAGCUGGAAACAACCUGACCCUCUUUGACUCGCUCUACUUCUGCGUGGUCACGUUCUCCACGGUGGGCUUUGGAGACGUCACGCCGCAGAUAUGGCCCUCGCAGCUUCUGGUGGUCAUCAUGAUCUUCGUGGCACUCAUCGUGCUUCCCAUCCAGUUCGAGCAGCUGGCCUUUCUGUGGAUGGAGCGGCAGAAAUCCGGAGGCAACUACAGCCGCUACAGGGCGCAGACGGAGAAACACGUGGUGCUGUGUGUCAGCUGCCUCAAGAUCGACCUCCUCAUGGACUUCCUCAACGAGUUCUUCGCUCACCCUCGGCUUCAGGACUACUACGUGGUAAUUCUUUGCCCCGCUGAGAUGGACGUCCAGGUUAGGAGGGUCCUUCAUGUUCCUCUUUGGGCUCUGAGAGUCAUCUACCUGCAGGGAUCUGCCCUCAAAGACCAAGACCUUAUGAGGGCCAAGAUGGACGAUGCUGAGGCCUGCUUUAUCCUCAGUAACCGGUUUGAAGUGGACCGCAUUGCUGCUGACCAUCAAACCAUCCUCCGAGCCUGGGCAGUCAAAGACUUUGCUCCAAACUGUCCCCUGUACGUCCAGAUUCUGAAGCCGGAGAACAAGUUCCACGUCAAGUUUGCAGAUCAUGUGGUGUGUGAAGAGGAAUUUAAGUACGCCAUGCUGGCUUUAAACUGUGUGUGCCCUGGCACCUCGACUCUUAUUACUCUCUUGAUUCACUCCUCCAGAGGACAAACUACACCCCAAGAGGCCUUCAAGCAACGUGCCGGAGCUUUUCAAGCCCUUAACAGGGAUGGCGGCACAGGUUCAUCAGACCAGUGGCACCGAACGUACAGACGCUGCUCAGCCAACGAGGUGCAUCACAUUCGUCUGGAGGAAAGUAAAUUCUUUGGAGAAUACCAAGGAAAGAGUUUCACUUUUGCCUCCUUUCAUGCACAUAAAAAGUUUGGGGUCUGUUUGAUUGCGGUGCGGAGAAUGGACACCACAAACAUCCUGCUGAAUCCCGGACCGUGCCACAUCAUGGGGGCUUCUGACACAUGCUUCUACAUCAACAUCUCCAAAGAGGAGAACUCUGCAUUUGUCAGGGGUCAGAGGGAACCGUCCUGGGGAGGCACGGGAGGGAACUCAAGAGGAGUCCACCAAAGUAUCUACCAUGGACUCACCCGCCUGCCUGUGCACAGCAUCAUCGCCAGCAUGGGCACCGUUGCCAUCGACCUGCAGGACUCCAGUGACAGCAGCCCAGAGGGUCAGGACCCCGGAGGCACAAGCAUCGGCAGAGGGAGCAGAAGCAGCUCAAGGGUAGAGAUCGGGGGUGCAAACACCUUGGCUCUGCCCAUCGUGGGAGAUUCUGGGGACGAAAGACGGCACAGCAUCGCGCCGGUCCUGGAGCUGGUGGACGGAGUCAACAACCCAACCUUUGACCUGCUGGGGGAGCAGUCGGAGGACGAAGGGGGAGAGGAAGGCAAGGAUGACGGCGAUAAAGAUGAAAGCGCCCACUGGUGGGGUCGACACUGCGAGUGGGUGAAGGGAUACCCGCUGAACUCUCCAUAUAUCGGCAGCUCACCUGCGCUUUGCCAUCUUCUUCAAGAAAAAAUGCCUUUCUGCUGCCUGCGCAUGGAUAAGCCUUGUCCCCACAUCCCUUUUGAGGAUGCACGUUCCUACGGCUUCAAAAACAAAUUGAUCAUUGUUUCUGCGGAGAGCGCAGGAAAUGGUCUGUACAACUUCAUUGUGCCUCUUCGGGCUUACUACCGAACCAGGAAGGAGCUCAAACCCAUCGUGCUGCUGCUGGAGAGCAUACCUGAAGCUGAUUUUCUGGAAGCCAUCUGUUGGUUCCCAAUGGUCUUCUACACAGUGGGCUCCAUUGAAAACCUGGACAGUCUUCUGCGCUGUGGAAUCACUUUUGCGGACACGAUGGUGGUGUUUGACAAAGAGAGCUCCAUGAUUGCAGAGGAGGACUACAUGGCUGACGCCAAAACGAUUGUUAACGUCCAGACACUGUUCAGACUGUUUCCAGCUCUUAGUAUCAUCACGGAGCUCACACAUCCUGCAAACAUGCGGUUCAUGCAGUUCAAAGUCAAAGAUCACUAUUCCCUUGCUUUGUCCAAACUGGAAAAGAAGGAAAGAGAGAAGGGCUCCAACCUGGUCUUUAUGUUCCGCCUGCCAUUUGCCGCUGGAAAGGUGUUCAGCGUUAGCAUGCUGGACACUCUCCUCUACCAGUCAUUUGUGAAGGACUACAUGAUCUCCAUCACCAGGCUGCUGCUGGGGUUAGACUCCAUGCCUGGCUCAGGCUUCCUCUGCGCCAUGAAGAUCACAGAGGAUGACCUGUGGAUUCGCACCUACGGGAGGCUCUAUCAGAAACUAUGUUCCUCCACAGGAGACAUUCCUAUAGGCAUCUACCGGACUGAAGCCCACAAGCUUCCAGUGUCGGAGUCCCAGGUAUCCAUCACUGUUGAAGACUACGAGGACACAAGAGAACCCAGAGAGCCUCUCCUGUCCCGCACCGGCGCUCACCGUAACUCCACCUCCUCAGAGCCCGUCUCCACCUCCUCCCACUCUUCGGACCACCCGCUGCUCCGGAGGAAGAGCAUGCAGUGGGCGAGACGGCUGAGCAGGAAGGGGGGUCGGGGAUCGAGUGGAGCCAAAGGUGGUCCGGGCAGCGCGGCGGAGCGGAUCAGCCAGCAGAGGCUGAAUCUGUUCAGGCGCUCAGAACGACAGGAGCUCAAUUCACUGGUCCGAACGAGGAUGAAACAUUUGGGCCUUUCUCCAACUGGGUUUAAUGGGAUGACAGACCAAGGCAACAGGCUGUCGUACAUCCUCAUCAACCCCUCUCCAGACACCAGGCUCGACCUGCACGACAUUGUAUACCUGAUAAGACCAGACCCCCUCUCUCUGGUGCCCAAUCAAGGAAGCAGCAGGAAGUGCAGUGCUGGACUAUCAGAGAGCCACAGGUUUGAUACCCAGGACAGCACCCACCUGUGAAGCAGAAAAGACUAAACUCGGAACACUGCCAGGAAGAAAGGGACCAGCAUCGAUACAGUCAUGAAGGAGAAAUCCACAGCGAAAAGAAAAGAGAGCUCUGUGUUUUCAGGAUCAGAGUUUUCUGUGCUGGGCGCACAUGGACCUUUUCUACACUGAAUGGAAAAUGUUAUUUAUGCACCUUCUUGUUUUUUGUUUUUUUUUUCAGCUGAGAGCUGCGGACACAGAAGUGCAUUUAAUGAAAAGCUACAUGUAUUUAUAUCUGUUGCUGUGCAUGUUAGUACUGCAUCAUGUACUGUAUCCACAGACAGUCUAUACAGGCCCAAUGGUUUUCACACCCCUUGAACUUUUUCUCAAUCUGCCUCAUUAUGUCCACAAAUAUCAAAGCAGCUUACUGAGGAAAUGCGUUUAGCAGCAGAGUUCAGAUCACUUCAUUCCGAUACCCCAAAAUAAAUCAACAUUUAAAAGUGUGUAAUUCAGUCUCUGCAUUAAUACAGCAGCUGUGUAAAAGUCCCUUAGUUCAUUUGGGAAUCAUCAGAGAAUAAACAGCAAUGUGACAACCAAGGAUCACACCAGAAAGAAGAUAAGAUAGAUUAAAUUUUGGAUAAGUUUGAAGGAGUUAGACUAUUAAACAAUACUCUAAUUUUUAUAUCAGCACUGAUCAGUCUUUGAUCUCAUAGUUGUGAGAUCAAAGCAAAUUGGUAUUUGCAAAAAAUCUUCCAUUCUAUGUACAUCGUUCCUUUAAAUUUACAAUUAUCACGUAAAAUCUCAAUAAAAUAAGAAAUUUGUGGUUGUAAUCUGAGAAAGUCGGAAACCGUUUAAGGGUUGUGAAUUCCUUUGCAAGGCACUGGGCAUACAGUGGCAUGCAAAAUUUUGGGCACAUAUACUGUAUUUAAUGACUUAGUUUCUGCUAAUUAAGUGACUCAAAAGUGAGUUUUGAGAUCAUCUGCUCUAUUUUAGGAGCAGAUGAUGGAAAUUUUAAAUUGUUAAAUUUUUCCUGGCCUUUAAAAUUAAGAUAAACAAUUUCCGUGAAGCAGAAAUGUCAUUUGGAUAGCAUGAACUGUGGUACUCGGGUUGUUUUCCUCCCCUCAGCAAAUUUCUAAUUGAAGUGACCAGAAUUGUGUGUGCCAUAUGUAUAGUGUGUAUGUGUUUAAGCAUGUGAAUGGAUAUGUACAUGUAGUCACAAAGCCUGAGCGAGACACUGCCAAUUUUAUGUGGACUGCCAAAGGAAUAUGUUGCCAAAUGAGCAUCAAGGAAAUGUUUGUGGUGUUCUUUUUGGCAUUUUGUCAUCUUUUGUAUCUUUUAGCAUUUUUUUUUUUAUCAAAGCCAACACCCCUCUAAUUCAUAUUUCUGUUUCUAUUUCUCACAGAGGCUUUUUGAGACUCUUUUAAACAUGCAGUUAUUAAACGCUCACCAGCAGCGAAAGGAUCCAAAGAGCUCUAGACAAGUUUAUGGACACGGUUAGAUGUCAAGCUUUACAUCGUCAGUAUUUCUUUGCAAUAAGUCUGACCUGAAGUCAUUUUAUUUCUAAUUUUAUUCCCAAAAUCUUCCACUUUCAAGCCGUCCUGCCACCAGCUUGUUUUUUUUUUUUAUGUGUAAUGAACGGACAAAACAGUUUGGACAUAAUACACUGUAAUAUAAAACCACUUAUGCUGACAGCUCUGCAGUACACACCCCUCUUUGUAAAGCUUUUCAUAUCGGAGACCAUUUCAAAGGAUGUUUAUCCAGCUUUCAGUUUAGAACGAUGAAUGAAAAUAAAGUUUAAAUGUAUUAUUGCUAUAUAUUUCCACUUAUAUUAAAUAAUUUUUUAUUUAGAUUUUUUUUUAGAUGUUAGAGAUGGUUUUCAAACAAAAAGCGCUCAUAUUUCUCUAAAGAAAAAAGAAAAACUAUUCACAUCCAUUAAUUCAUAGCCUGUCAGACCAAAUCAAUCUGUUUUAUCAAAGUAAAUCAUUUGGAAAGCUGUUUUGUUAUCAAAGGCGUUUGAGGAAAAGUCAAAAUGAGACUAUUCACACAGAAAUGGAGGAACUCACACUGACAUUGUCAAAACAACAACUGUAGAUUCACUGCAAUCAUAGCAGAGAAAAUAUGUACAUAUUAAACUCACUUCUUACUUGUC